AUGCAGGUCCUUGGCUGGACCAUAGUUCUCCUCUGCCAGUGGAUCCUACGGAAGGUCCAAGGGUUGGAGAAGCAAGUGGACUUCUCAGACCUGGGCCCAGUGGGCUCUGUGAUGAAGACUAUUCCAUAUGGCAUGGGAGGAGGUGCAGUUGGAGGAACGACAGGAGGGGUGGUUAAGCCUCCGUACCAAACCCGUAUCUUCUCCACUUCCAUCGACCAGACACCCAUGAAAUCCAAGCCACCCACUUACAGCAUGUUCAACCCGUACGACCCGAACCGGAACCAGUCCCUGCUCCUGGACCAGACAGGCUACCGCUCCAAACGCAAGCCCUCACUAAAGAUAUCCAAGACCAAGAAGAUCUUCGGUUGGGGCGACUUCUACUUCAACGUAAAGACCAUGAAGUUCAGCUUGUUGGUAACGGGGAAGAUCGUGGACCACAUCAACGGGACGUUCACCGUUUACUUCCGCCACAACUCUUCCAGCCUGGGGAAUGUUUCGGUCAGUAUCGUGCCGCCAUCCAAAGUGGUGGAGUUCGAGGUCCUCCAGCCUCAGCAGCUGCAUCCUCACACCCAGCAUAACGUCCAGCUCCAGGAGACCCGGCAAUCCACCGUCGACCCCAAAGAGACAAAGACCUUUAACUGUCGGGUGGAGUACGAGAAAACCAACAGAUCCAAGAAGCCCAAACCCUGCCUGUACGACCCGUCUCAGACCUGUUUCACAGAGCACACCCAAUCCCACGCUGCCUGGCUCUGUGCCAAACCCUUCAAGGUCAUCUGCAUUUUCAUCUCCUUCUUCAGCAUCGACUACAAGCUCGUUCAGAAAGUGUGUCCGGACUACAACUUCCAAAGUGAGCACCCUUACUUAGGAUAA